AUGACUGAUACAGACACAGGACCGCCAUGUGGCAGAAGAACAACAGAUGGCAACUGCACCAAUCCGGGGUCUCUGGACGAUGGAGUGGAUGCAGUUGAUGCUGAUCACAGGAUACACACGGCGUUAUAUCUGACAUCAGCCCAAGAAUCUCCACCUGCGAUGCACAACAGCAGCGCUAUCAUUAUUAUUGAUGAUGACAAACAGACGCCAUUACACCUGGCAUCUUCCAGGGGAGACAGGAACGCAAUUCAGAAGUUGCUGGAUGAUGACGCUGAUGUCAACGCACUGAACGCGUCCAAACAGACACCCUUACACGUUGCGAUACGCAGGGGAGAUAGUGCCAGGGUGAAGAUGUUGCUGAGCAGUAAAGCCGAUGUCAAUGCUGUUGACUGCUACCUUCAGACGCCGUUGCAUCUAGCGACAGAGAAUGAUGGCGGAACUACCACUCUUGCGAUGUUGCUGGAUGGUGGAGCUGAUGUCGGUGCUGUUGAUGAUAAUGGUCAAACGCCAUUACACGUGGCCGCGGCAAAUCUUGGAGGAACUGAAGCUGUGCGGAUGUUGUUGAAAUACGACGCUUCAGUAGAUGCAGUAGAUGCCCACAGACAGACGCCGAUGCAUCUCGCUGCAUCCAUAGGAACUAUCCACUCCGUGCAGGUCUUGUUGGACAACAAAUCUGACGUUGAUGCUUAUGAUGAAAAGAUGAGAACACCUUUACACCUGGCCGUCACCAGAGGGGACGCGAGCCUUGUCCAGAUGUUGCUGUGUGGGAAUGCCGACGUCAAUGCAGUUGACGACAUCGGGGAGACGCCGUUACACAAGGCAGUAUCAAGAGGGGCACUUGACACUAUUAAACUGCUUUUGAAUAACAACGCUGAUGUCAAUUCUGUGGAUGAUUCGUUACAAACGCCAUUACAUUUGGCAUCAGAGAAAGGGGACGCCGGUACCGCACAGCUGCUGUCGAAAAAUGGAGCUGAUGUAGACGCCGUCGACAACAAUAACCAGACGCCGUUACACGUGGCCUCGAAAUGGGGAGACACAGACACUGUUAUCGUACUAGUGAAGAGCAACGCUGAUGUCAACGCUAUCGAUAACCAACAACAGACGCCAUUACACAUUCUGGCAUUUGAGGGAGAAGGUUCUACUGGCGUGCAGAUGCUGCUGGAUCACAAGGCUGACGUCAAUGCCGUUGAUGACUGCACCCAAACGCCGUUACACCUGGCGGCAAAAAGACAAGAAGGGAUUAACGUCGUUCGGGCGUUGCUGAGUCGAAACGCCGACGUCAAUGUUCGUGAUUAUAAUGACCAGACGCCACUGCACUUGGCGGUGUUUUGGGAAAAUAGGGACACAGUUAGGGUUUUGUUGGCGCACAAUGCUGACGUUAAUGCCGUUGACGAGAGCAAUCAGACACCGUUACACAUUGCAGUACAGAAGAGGGUUGAUGUUGUUGAGAUGUUGUUGAAUCAUGGUGCUGAUGUCAGUGUCGUUGAUGCAGAUGGACACACUCCAUUACAACUCAUCGGAGAGAGGGAUACCGAUAUUGUCAAUGUUUUGUUGAAGCAUAUUGAUGUCAACAGUACAAACACAUUUAAAUAA